AUGCGCGCUCUAUUCUGGAACCUUCGGUGCUUCGGUCAUGAUGGCCGCCGCAGGCAUCUCAUCGAGUACAUGUGUGAUGAGUCCAUUGAUGUGGUAGCAAUCCAGGAAACAAUGCGCACUGAGUUCUCUCUCGUUGAACUUGAGCGCCUUAGUAGACACCUGUUCGCAUGGCACUGGUUGCCAUCUAGUGGAGUGACAGGUCACUCUGGUGGCAUCCUUCUAGGUAUGAAGGAUGCCACCUUUGAGGUGGGAUCCAUGGAUCGUGGAUCCCAUUUCGUCAGCAUGGAUGUCUCGGAACAUGAUAUGAAUUUCAUGUGGGAGAUCAUAGUGGUCUACAGCCCGGCUGACCAUAGUCGCUCGACCUCUUUCUUGGCCGAGCUCCACGCCAAGAUCACCUCCGCGACACUGCCGGUAGUGGUAGGAGGUGACUUCAACCUCCUCCGCUCUGCUGAGGAAAAGAGCAACUCGCGUGUCGACUUUGCAGAGAUUCGUCGAUUCAACGACUAG